CUUCUCCUUUCGAUAUAAAUGUCCUUACUCUUCUUUUACUGCAAUUUAUCUAUGCUCUGACAUCACUUGUGUGAUGAGUUCAAUCCUGCUUACAUGCGCACUCUAAAUUAGUCACUUUUAGGUUUUAAUUUAUUCACAUUUUCCGCAUCGCCGAUCACUUGAGUCUAUAGGCUACCCCUCCUAUCCGCUUCUCUACAAGGUCUACUUUCUUCUUCCUUCAGACUAGGCCAAGCCAUUGGGUUGUUUAAGUAGGUUGGGCUAGGUUUGGCUUUUGGAGUUAUCUCCAAGAAGGGUCGUCGCUCCCUUCAUACGCCUUGUUGCUUCAUCUAAGUAGGUUAUGACUUCGUCACCUUCCAAGUGUUGCCCAGCACAUCGCGAUUCGGGUGUCUAAGUGAGCAUUCCGGGUUGGGGUGUGUCAUUCAGCCUCAACCAAUUUCUCUCCAUUAUUUCAUUGGUUGUUUUCACCUCUCCCAGACCCUGCGUAAAGCGGGAGCCUUGUGCACUGGGUACGACGAUUUCAUUGGUUGUUUUCGGUUUAAAUUAAUCCCACUAGUAAAAAAUUCCUGUAGUCUUACCUAAGCCUGACAAUUUUUGACACAACUCGUUAACUCGACACGAAACGACACAAAAUUAACAGGUUUUUUGGUCGCCACGAUAACGAAUCGGGUAGUUAUCGGGUAACCUGAUAAGCAUCUGUUAAGAUAACAAGUCGGUCCAAGUAUACACGUGGGUAACCCGUUACACGAUAAAACAAAUAUAAAUUUAAUAAUUUUAGGGGUGUGUUAUCCAUACACUUUUUUUUACUUCAUACACAUUUUUUUAAUUUGCGAUUGUCGUAUUAAUUGAAUUAAAGAAAAUCAAAGGACAUAAAUUGUGAAUUAAUUAAACAAGAUCAAAGACAUGUCGCUGUAUUGGUAGUCAAGUUUUGUCUUUUCACUCUGGUCUUUGGCGGUUUCAGCUCUUUCUUGGUUAUUUCCUCAUUGACGUUAAGGUGGAAAUUGUUUUGGCACCACAUGCAACUGUUGUUGAGAUUUGAGUAAUUUUCCAUAAAUGGAUACUUGGAUUUCGAAGGGAGCAAGAAGAGCAGAGAAGGAAAUAGCUAGAGAGAGAGAGAGAGAGAGGAAUAUUCACAACUGCAACAUUCUAACCGUCGCAGAAUGAUUAUGGCACAUGGCAGUUACAAGGCAUGUGAGCCAUUGAAAACGAAAACUGAUCUAAGACCCUACACUUGGCAUAUGAGCUCAAGCUAUCUCAAUAGAAAUCAGUUACACAAAGGGACAAAUAGAAAAUCUACUAGGUAAAUCAUUUACUAACAAGAAAUUAGUAAGCAAUUUACUUUUCAACAACUGUUAAAUAUCCAGAUUUGAUAAACUUGGGUAAAUCAAGAUUCGAGAUCUAAGCAGUGAGGUCAGAGACAAUUAAUUAAAAUUGGUGCAAUUUUAAACAGAUGCUCUAGUUCUCAAUCAUCAAAUAUUUAAUCUUUUAUUUACUUGCGCACUUUGACAAAAACGAAAACAACAAUAAACCUCUCUUCGUAGUCUGUUAUAAUUUAACUUUGCUUCAUUAAGUUCUUGCAGAUCGUGUGGAGUCACUUUCCAAUGGCGUUGAGCACCCACAGGGCCUCUGCAUCUCUUCUUUCAUCUGAAUCACCUCCUCGAUGGAAGUACGAUGUAUUUUUGAGCUUCAGGGGUGCAGACACCCGCAAGGGUUUUGUCUCCCAUUUAUACCACGAAUUGCAACGACAUGGGAUUACAACUUUCUUUGAUGACCGAGAGCUUGAAGGAGGAGCAAGUAUUCCUCUGGGGCUCCCAUGUGCGAUUAAAGAAUCACAUACUGCAGUCGUUGUUCUCUCGCCAAACUAUGCAUCUUCCAAAUGGUGCUUGGAUGAACUUACAAAUAUUGUUCAAUGCAUGAAAGCCACCAACUCAAUUCUCCCAGUCUUUUAUGGUGUGAACCCCUCUGACGUAGGAAAUCAAAGGGGGUCUUUUGCCGAAGCCUUUGCUGAGCAUGACAAAAAGUUAAUUAGUACUGAAGACAAAACGAAGGUGACCCAGUGGAAAGCUGAUCUAAAACUAGUGUCCAAACUUUAUGGGUGGCAUUUGAGGAACUUUAAGUGUGAAAGAGAGCUGAUUGAAGACAUCGUUAAAUGUGUGUGGAGGAAAGUGCAAGCUCCAUUCACGAUAUCAGAUUGCUCUCAGAGGUUAGUCGGAACUGACUCUGCACUUGAGCAACUGAGUUUGCUAUUAGCUCAUGAUGCAAAUGAGGUUCGCUUUAUUGGGAUAACAGGGAUGGGUGGCCUAGGCAAGACAACCCUUGCUAAGCUAACUUUUGAUAACCUUUUCCAUCAUUUUGAAGUUCACUGUUUUCUUGCCAAUGUUAGAGAGGUUUGUGCAAGAGAUCAUACUCUAGUUGGUCUUCAAAAGAAACUUCUUUUCCCGAUCUUAAGGGAAAAGAUUGCAGAAAUUUGGGAUGAAGGGUGCGGAAGCAUUUUCACUAAGAAGUGCUUGUGCAAUAAGAAGGUUCUUCUUGUACUUGAUGAUGUGGAUCAAUUAAACCAACUAGAAGUACUAGCUGGAAAUCGAGGUUGGUUUGGUAUGGGAAGUAGAAUUAUUAUUACAACUAGGAAUGAACGUUUGCUAGUCCAACAUGGUAUAUCAACAUUAUAUAAGAUGCAGGGAUUGAAUUAUGGUGAAGCUCUUGAGCUCUUUAGUCUCAAUGCCUUCAGAAAAGAACAACCCGAGGAAGAUUUUUGGGAACUCUCUGAGCAUUUCCUAAAAUAUGCCAAAGGCCUUCCAUUAGCUCUUAAAACGUUGGGUUCUUUUUUGUACACGAGGGGUCAAGAUUCAUGGAAGAGUGAGUUGGAUAAUCUUCAUAAAAUUACUAAGCCAACAAUUUUCAAUUCACUCAAAAUCAGUUAUGACGGACUAGAGGAGAUGGAGAAGAGAAUUUUUCUCGAUGUUGCUUGUUUCCACAAAGGGAAGUGCAUCACGGAAGUAAUACGAAUACUAGAUAGUUCUUUUGGAAUUUCUAGUUGUAUUAUGUUAUAUAUGCUAAUUGAGAGAUCCCUCGUAGACAAGGAUUACAAAAACAGGAUAGGGAUGCAUGAUUUGAUACAAGAAAUGGCGUGGACAAUUGUUGGUCAAGAGUCUGAAGAUCAUGGUCUACGCAGUAGGUUGUGGCAUCCCAAUGACAUUUUUCAUGUUUUCAUGAGUAAUACGGGGACAAGAGCAAUUGAAGCCAUAUCCUUACGCUUGCCCCAGCCCAAAAUAGAAGAAGUACGCCAGUGGAAUUGUGAAACCUUCUCUAAGAUGCAUGGACUAAGGUUUCUGGAAUUUGAUAAUUUGAUCAUUUCAUCAUGCCCCAAGUUUCUUCCAUGUUCCUUGAGAGUUAUGCAUUGGAGUUGGUAUCCUUCCAAAUUUCUUCCAACAAGCUUUCACCCGUGUUUUCUUACUGAGCUUAAGAUGCCUAGUAGCAAAAUCGUUCGGCUUUGGGAGGGAAAAAAGGAUUUGCCCAACUUGAAAUAUAUUGAUCUUACCUUCUCCUAUAAAUUGAUGAGCACCCCAGAUUUCAGUGGUCUUCCAAAUCUUGAGAAGUUGUAUCUUUGGGGUUGUAAGAAUUUAGUUGAGAUACACCCGUCUAUUGCAGUCCUUAAGAGACUCAAAGUUUUGUGUCUUCAUGGCUGUGAAAGGAUUAAGAGACUCCCAAGUAAGGUAGAAAUUGAUUCUCUUGAAUCUUUCGAUCUUUCUUACUGCUCAAAUGUGAAAAAGAUUCCAGAUUUUGGGGAGCAGAUGAAGAAUUUGUCCCAACUUUAUGUAGUUGGGACUGCAAUUGAGACAAUACCUUCAUCAAUUGAACAUUUGGUAGGCCUUACUGAAUUGGACCUAAGGAGUUGCAAAAAUCUCUUGAAUCUUCCAAGUUCGAUUUGUAAUUUGAAGUCUCUUAGGUGUCUCAAUGUGAAUAGAUGCUCAAAACUUGACCAAUUCCCUGGGGACAUGGAGUACUUAAAGACACUUUAUUUAGGAAUCACCAUGAGAGAGCCACUUGUUGGUAUGAAAAACCUCGAAUAUCUAGAAGUUGACGGUGCAGAAUCGAAUGCUAGAUCAAGGGAAGGGUGGGGCCUUCUUCGCUUAUUAGGACUUGGAAAGAGUCGUCCUGAUCCUGCUUGUUGGGGUUUGUUGUUGUCUUCUCUAAGUGGUUUAUGCUCUUUGAUAGAAUUGGACCUAAGAGACUGUAAUCUCUGUGAGGGAGAUAUCCCCGAUGAUAUUGACUGCUUGUCCGUUUUGAAAAAAUUGUACAUCAGUGGAAACAAUUUCGUCAGCCUUCCCGAAAGCAUUAGAGGUCUUUCUAAGCUUCAGCGUCUUAGGUUGGAGAGGUGCAAAAGCCUUCAAGUAUUGCCACAUCUUCCAUCAAAUAUCAAAUUACAUGUAGAUGCAGACAACUGUACUUCCUUAAAAAGGUUGUGUGAUCCAUCCAAGUUGAGCAGCUGUUUCGCCAAUUUGUAUGAUUUUACUUUCAGUUCUGUGAAUUGCAUUACAUUGGUUCAAGAUGAAGGCUGGAUUAAUACAAUCCUUUCAAGGAUUCUUAAAUUUGCCGCUGAGGGACCCUGUCCAAGGUAUGGCACACAGAUUGUAAGCCCUGGAAGUGAAAUUCCAGAGUGGUUCAGCAAUCAAAGUGUGGGGCAUUCAGUAAAUGUGGAGCUACCACCACCAUCAUGCAACAACUGGCUGGGGAUUGCGUUUUGUGUUGUUUUUGAAGAUCCUAAGCAAAACUUGGCAAAUUCAGCUGCCCUUAUUUGUCCUUAUACUCUUCGCCAAUAUGAUGAAUUCCAGAUCGGAGUUUUACCCUGUUUUCCCAAUGUCACGAGUCGGCGCUGUAAAGUAGGGAGUCUUGUGUCGGAACACCUUUGGGUAUUUUAUUUGCCUUCUAAACUAUGUCAAGCUGAGCAGAUUUCAUUCACAACGUUUUAUGAUUAUGAACGCGAACCAGGCUUAAAUGUAGUGAAGAAGUGUGGGGCCUGUUUGGUGUACGAGCAAGAUUUGGAAGAGCUCACCCAAACACUAAAAAUUUUGAAGCGAACACAUGAAUAUUGUGACGAGGCGGCUCCGAGUGGACUUGAAAGUGGUAGCUUUGACCGCAUAGAACAAAUCCACAAAAGGCAGAAGGAAGGCUAAUUGUUAGUAAGUCAUCAUCUUUAUCCCAGUUGUACCUGCAUAAUAGCAGACGUUCAGUUCAUUUUUCUGAGCUUCUUUCAAUGUAAGACUAUCGCUUUAUCUCAGUUGGUUGGCCAUGCGGGCACCAUAAACUUACGAAUGUAAGACUAUUGAUUUAUCUCAUACUGGCCGUUGAUGA